CAAUCAUACAAUUCUUUGAUUUUGAGGGAGUGGAAAAAAGUGUAUAAUUUCAUUAAAACCCUACCCAUCUUCCCGCCCCUUCUCCAUCGCAAGGCUCACUACACUACACACCGCCACUCCAAAUGUCAGUCUCCGCCGCAUUUGACCGGACUCUUUUCAGAGACAAGGACGGCGGCGGAUGGGCCGGAGGCGACACGAUCGUCAAACACCGAUUCUUCAGCUUCUUGAUCUGGCAGUUCCUCCAAUCGACCCUCCUCCUUUUCCUCGCCAAAACCCUCUUUCUUCUCCCCUUCACCCAAAACCCUUUCACUCCCGUUUUCCUCUCGCUCGCCUCCUUCGUCUCCUUCCAUUUAGCUCUCCUCCUCCUAUCGGUUUCCCUCUUUUUUGUCUCGUCUCCUCAUCCUCUCCCCUUCGCCUCCCCCUUUGAAGUCUCUGUUUCGUUCGUUCGCCUGAUUUUUGUCGCCGGAGGUGACCGGAGCUUGCUGAGGAGGAGGGUCAGGGUGUCGUUGAGCUUCGUGCUGUUUGUGAGCCUGUGUGCUGUGGCGGGGGCGUUGUCGGCGAUUUGUGUGUGCUGGGGUUGCGAUGCUUAUUAUGAUGGAGGUUCGAGGUUGAAGGAGGUUGGCGUUUUGGGGAUUUUAGGAUUUAGGGGCUUUGUGCUCGGUUUGUUUUACGGGGUGCAUUAUGUGUAUAAGAGGCGGUGGGUCUUGAUGUUUCCGAUUAUUCAGCGCCCUCCAUUUUUCAGCUUCAAAAUGGGGCUUCCUUUAGCUAUACGACGUGCAUUGAAGUUAUCUGCGUUUGGCUUUGUAAUAUCAGGAGUAAUGGCUUUCUUCCUGCAUAUGGAGUACGGAAGUCAGGGCUCGUUGUCAAAGUUUGUUGCUGAACAAGUCGUUUUCUAUAUUGGGAGUUUUGUAGUAAUUCUUUGUUGGGAACUAGCUCAUCACUUACACCAGGUGCUGCAUACUAAGAGAUUUCUGUUUGCACCAUCUAAAGGAUCAGCAGCAGCAGAAACAAAUCCAAGCGAGCCCCUACUGGCUACAUUAGAGGAGAGCAUGCCAAAAUCACUUUUACAAUACCUUGCUUAUCUUGAUCUCUGCAUGGUAUGUGAAAACAAUGUUGAUACGUGGCGUCGAGCUGCAUUCUUUGAGGAAACUGGGGAAACGUAUAAAAGAGUGAUAGCUGCCUGCCUGUGGCCUUUGGAAGAGUUGACGAAAAAUCUUGCUGAAGGUCUACAGAGCUCGUCAUCUGAAAAGUCAAUGCAGUUAUCAGAUCAGCUGAGUUCACCAACCGAGCGGCUUGCAGUUUUGAAACUCCACGAAUCAUUUUUCGACUCCCAGCUUUGUGCAUGGUGUGCCCGUAUCCUUGCUUCAUUGACUGCAAGGUCACAUAAGGAGGACAAAUUUGGCGUCGCCCAAAUCUCAGGUAGCAAUGCUGCUGUAAUCUCGACUUUGUUGUCUGCCUUAUUAGCAGUCGAGACUCUCAUGGGAAAGAAGACCCACAUGCAGUCCGCACAUUUGAUGGGCCCUGCCAGAAUCAAAUGGGCCACGGUCAACACUGGCAGGCGAGAGUCUACGUCUGGCGCAAUGCAAAAAAUAAGAGGAAGCCCUCUUUAUGACGAGGCAUAUUUUAUUGCUGAUGUCCUGAAAACUUCUGUUUUCUGUUUAGUCUCUGCUUUCCAUGAUGAGAUGAUAAACAGUGGGAAAGCGGGACUUUUGGAGAAGGAUUGGAUUAUUAGCAGCAAACCCAUUUACGGUACAACCGAGCUUCUUGUACACAAGUUGCGACAAUUCUUGGAUUUCCAGGCGAAUUAAUGCCAUUUAAGUGCUUGUUGCUUUGACGGUACCUUUUUUUUGGUGAAUAUAUAAUUUAAAGAGGUAAUAGGAACCUUCUCUUCGAAUGAGCAAUUUGUGGUUGGGAAUUUCAGUUUUUGCCUUUAAUAUGAAGUACUCGAGAAGAAAGAAUGGAGAAAGAUAUUGUGUCAAGUAAAAGCUGUGUUCCUGAAAGUUAUAAGGCUAUUUGAUUAUACAUUGUAACAUUCUGAUGGAUUGAAAGAUUUUCAAAGAAGGAACAAGGGAAGGUUUGCCUGUUUGUAAUUUACCUUUUCUUUGAUUGAAGUUUUGUGAUAAACUCCCAUUGAGAAGUCUCGGAAUUUUGAGGCUGGUAAUGUGUCGUCGCUUGAUGAGGCCUUUAAAUAUGCCCGUUUGAUAUGGCUUGUUAUUUUAGGCUUGUGUAGUAUGGAUAUUAGUACUCUAUUUUGGGUUGUGGUUAAAUGCUCUGAAGGUGAAUGGAUGAUGUAGCAGAAUCUACUUUGACAUGCUAUUAUACACUGUGGACUUACUAUUAUGCUAUUUGCACAGGAC